AUGAAUUCACCUCCAAAGCGCCGCAGGACGGGCGAGGCCGUGGAUUUGUCCAUUGGCGUGUCGCAGCCUCCUCCGCUUGGUCGGGAGUUGCGCUCACCACGUCGCGCAUCCUUCCAGUCACCCACGAGAGCAAGCUUGGCCAGGUCGCAUCCUGAAGUGCUCGAACGCGCUCUCAGCAGGUCACCCAGCAGGCAAUCGCCCAGCCGAGACAGUCAAAACAAACAACCUUCCCAAGAGGAUGCGAAAAGUGUCGGUCUUCGUGACCGCAAAGCUUUUCGGCCCUCGUUGAAUCCGUCGAGUCCUCUAAAAGCACCAAGAACGUCCGCAUCGCCAAUGCUCAUUUCCCCCAGCAGACGACCCAGCGGCAUUCAAGCAUUUUCAAAACCUCCUCGCCGACUAUCUAAGAGAAUCUCGGCCGCGGAUUUUGUAUUUGGCUCGCCAGUUCGCCAACAACCCAAACAACCACCACAACCAGCGCAAGACCUCUCCAAUACACCAGAGGGCCAACUAGCAUUAGAGCUGGGUACUGCCACCCAGGACGCAGACAUGGAUCUUGAUAUGGACACCAAUGAUCUUGGUGGUGGGAUCAUGGAGGAUGAUGAUGAUUCUCUGGAGCCAGAUCUGCCCCCAACACCAACGCAAUUAGGUCUGGUAAAAGCACCCGAUCGACCGAGGGGGCUUCUUAGCAGCAGUCCAAGUGCAAGGCAUGAAAAGCGAAUGAAACGGCAAGCUUCAGACAUGCUUCAAGGAAGCCCAUUGAAAACGCUCAAGUUUCAAUCGCCCCCGGAAGAAUCACCAUACGAUGACACGAGUAUUACACAAGACAAUGUCUCUGCAGCUCUUUUCGAGAAGCACCAGUCCCGAAAGAACCUAGAGGCAGAGUUACGCCGAUUAAGAAAUGAGGUUGCCGAUCUGAGCAAAUGGGCGGAGAAGGUCGACUCGGGUAUGAAUUUGUCAAGUGACACGAACGAGCUUAACAAGUUCUUGAAUCUUCUUGUCGAGGAGUCAGCCUACAUCAAUGAACCAGUGCCUCCGAGGGCUCCAGUGUCAAUGUCAGCGCUCCUCUCUACCCUCCUUCCAUUUGCUGCGACCCUCCCUCGCCCAACUCCUCAAGCAUCUCCAAUGCCGACAAACCCAUUCGCAUUGAAGGAGACAUCAUAUGCACCGUCUUAUCUAACUGUGUUUGCUCCCUUGACACUCCGAACAAACACAAGCCGCACGGCUUCAAAGUCAGCUUCCUUGCUGGAAACGCACACAUUGACAUUUACUGCGCCAUCUCCAUUCCCAUCGUCGCUAUACAAUGUAUCUGUUGUAUACGAAACCAACCCAGAAACACAGACCGUGACCUCCGUCUCGGUACCAACGGGCAGCGACAGCAAAAAACGAAGAGUUCCAGAGUCACUCCGACAAUGGAUCGACUCACGGCUGGAGAAUCCACUUCUCGCCCUCGAUGUGGCAACUCUAUGUUGGGGCAUCAACCGAUAUUGGGAAGCAUCAGUAGCCCGGGCACAGCUAUGGGCUCGAAUCGACAAUAACCAUGACAAUGGCUCUUCUAAGCGUGCUAAAGAGGCGUUUCCUGAUUCCCAAGAUGGCGUCAUCUCAGUCUCCGAGCUUCGACGCCUAGUUCCGCACCUUGAGCGUAGCACCAUGGUUGUCAAGGCUGGAUCUUCCAGCAAUAGCGGCCCUCGGGUGCUUCUCUCAAAUGCUUUAGUCAUGGACGAGUGGACUGGAGAGCCACAGCUCCAACCUGAACUUAGUGUGUCAACGUCCACUGGUGGAAGCGGAUCGAGCAAGAAGAUCGAUCAGGAGACUAGGAAACUAUUCCACGCUUUGCUACGGGAGGCGAAGACGUCUACUGCUGGCGGAAGUAUGGCGGGAGGUGUGCAUGCGGAUGCAAUUUUGCGGGCAACUGAGGGUGCAAUCGGUGCUUUGUUGGGUAAUGCUUGA